AUGGGCUCAUCCUCCUCAAAAGCCGCGCAAGGUGCCGCGCGCAAAUUCCCGACCCGCGCCCCGGGCGCCGUACCACCGCCAUCCUCCGCUGCAAGAGCAGCUCCCGCUGCGCCUGCGACGCAGCCCGCGCAGGCCCGGUCACAGGCGAAGACGGCGACACUCAAACCAGAAGACCUCACAGCCAACACCACCACCACCACCACCACCACCACAAACCCCGAAGUCACCGCCGAAUUCUCCUCGCGCCUCCGCCAAAUGGGCAUCGUCCAGCCCAACCCAACCUUCUCCUCCACAUCAACAGCCAAUCCCGGCCCCGGCCCGAGUCCUCACGCCGAUCUAAUCCAGAACCCCGGCCCGUUAUUCCCCUCCACCUCCCGCAAUGCAACACUCGGCACCCUCGAAGCCCGGCGCCGGCUCCAGCAGGAGGCCGACGCCGAGUUUGACGGGCUCGGACGCAGCAGUAGCGGCGGGAGGGAGUUUCUGGAUUUGAAGACGAUUAUUCAGAUGCACCUGAUGCGCGAGAGGGGAUACUCGCCCGCGGAGAUUGAGGCGAGGCUGGAAUUGAAGGCUGGGGUUGUGGCGAGGUUGGGACGGAUUGGGAUCACGUCGCCUGCUUGA